AUGGUGGAGUGUUGCCUUGGUGGAGUGGAGACCAGCCCUCUGGUUGGAGGUAUAUGUAACACACCGACUUACUGUGACCUAGGGAAGGCUGCCAAAGAUGACUUCAACAAAGGCUAUGGAUUUGGCUCGGUCAAAGUAGGUCUGAGAACUAAGUCGUGUAGGGGAGUGGAAUUUUCUACUUCUGGUCAUGCUUACACUGACACAGAGCAAACAUCAGGCAACCUAGAGACCACGUAUAAGGUCUGUAGCUACAGACUUGCCUUCACCCAGAAAUGGAACACAGACGAUACUCUUGGAACGGAAAUCGCUUCACAGAAUAAGUUGGCUGAAGGGUCGAAACGUACUCUCCAUACCGUAUUUGCACCGAACCCAGGAAAGAAGAGUGGGAAAUUGAAGGCCUCCUACAAAUGGGAUUGUUUCAGUCUCGGCAGUAAUGUUGAUGCAGAUUUUUCUGGACCAACCAUCUUUGGCUUUGGAGCUUGGCUUGCUGGCUCUCAGACGAGUUUUGACACAGCCAGAUCCAAACUGCCACAGAAUGGUGUCGCCCUGGGUUACACAGCUGCCGACUUCCAGCUGCACAUGCAUGUGAGUGAUGGCCCUGAAUUUGGAGGGUCUGUCUACCAGGAGGUUAAUGAGAAGAUUGGAACAUCAAUAAACGUUGCUUGGCUGGCUGGCAGUAACAAUACCCGGACUGUAGAACUUCUCUAUCUGUUACAGGAAAUAAGACGAGCCCGACCGGACUGGGUUAUACUCAGACCCUUGGACCAGGAGUCAAAUUGA